GCAGUUGGUACGGUCCGGGCCGGGACAAUAUGGCUACGGUGUUCCGGCCCCUGGAAAGGCUGAGGGCGCCGUGUCCUUCGUUGCAUCCCGGGGUGACAGGCUCAGGCUCGGCCUGCGGCCGCUGCACUCUCGGAGCUAAAAGAUACCUACUCACAGACAGCAUUGUGAAAUUGAAGGAAUUCCAACAGAAGAAGGUGGCUAUUGCAUAUAACCUUCCCAGCACCAAAGAGAUCUAUUUCCGAAACUUGGAGGAGAAACUGACGCAGAACAAACUCAUCUUGAAGGAGGAGUUAAAAACACUGCUUCACCUGUGUCAGUCCCGGGAGGAUGUGGAACUGGCCAGAAGUGUCAUUUACAGGUACCAUACAGAGAACAGAAAUUUCACUGUGGGGGAAUAUAAGUUUGGACCAGUUUUCAUGAGGCUUUGCUAUGAGUUGGAUCUUGAGGACUCUGCAGUGGAGCUCAUCAAAGACAAGCGUUUACGAGGUUUCUUCUUAGACUCAACGUCAUUCAAUAUUUUGAUGGAUAUGCUAUUUACUAAAGGCAAAUAUGAAAGUGCCCUGGAAGUACUGAUUGAAAUGAAAAACCAAGAUGUGAAGUUCAGCAAAGACACCUACAUCCUUGCUUUUGCAGUUUGCUACAAACUGAAUAGCCCGGAAUCUUUUAAAAUUUGUACAACCUUAAGAGAAGAAGCCCUAAUUAAGGGAGAUGUCGUCUCCAGGAGAGCAUGCUGUUUUGCAGUGGCAUUAGCUCUGAAUCAGAACCAGGUGGAAAAAGCCAUGUCCAUUUUUUCCCAAAUCAUGAAUCCAGAGAGUAUAACCUGUACUAACUUAAAUAUUUUAAUCCAUGUCCGGUCAAAUAUGUUGGAAAACGUGAUAAAGAUCUUACAAGACACUGUUGACAGGAAUGUAUCGGUAUUUGUGAAAAGACACACGUUCUCAGAGGAUGUGCUGGCCAAAGUGAGGGAAAAACUGAAGGACAACCCCACCCUCACAGCUAAGUUUGAGGAGGUCUAUGCGAAGCUGCACAUUAACGGCCAAGUCUCCGUUUACACGUUGGACGCUAUGCUCUGCCAUGUCCCCCUGGACAAGAAAUCCAACACAGUGCUAUUAAGGAAGAAGAUGAGGACGGUCAGCCGACGGACCUUACAACCGCUCAGCCAGACCCUGCUGACUGAGUAACUUGUUUUCCACCUCCCGGGUCUGCAGGAGCCGCUUGGAGGCACCUGCUUUAGGUGAACUAUUGGCUUCUCCAAGAUGCCGGGCAUUUCACUGCAGUGGCACUGUGCCUGUGCCCGGUCUCCUAAGUCCCGAGUCCCCUGAGUGGUGAUUUGCUGAUCAGAGAGAUGCGAAGAGCUAGCUCAGGCAAGGAAAGCGUGGUUGCCACAGAAAGGCACCUGUGUCAGCUGCUCCAGAGUAAGGACCGCAGCCGCUAACGCAGUCCAGCACCAGAGUGGAACUCAGGAAGUACCGCAGAAGGAAUUUCCCAUGACCUCAUCAACCUUGCCCAGCCUUUCACAGGAGAGACACCUUGCGAGUGAUGUCCUCACUGAAUUCGAGAGAGCCGAAACCCUUUCUACCAUGUUGGAAUGUCCAAGGCCGCCUUCUCUCAUCUCUGCCAUCAUUUUUCCGUCUACAAAAUAACAUUGCCUGUGCGUGCUUGGAUGAUUUGACAUUUUCAUUCAGGGUUCAGUAGAGUGAAUCUUUCUCCAAAACAAGAAAUAAAAGGUGCCCGCACAGACUUGA